AUGCAGCACCUGUCUCGUCCCCAAUUACAAUUACAAGAGAUAGUGCAAUAGAAUAAUUUCAAAACGUGCACUAAUAAAAGUAAUAAACUCAGCCAAUCUUUUAAUCCCUGCGGAUUGAUCGCCCAAAGUUUGAGUCCAACUCAUAAGGCAAAUCAGAGCACAGGUUUAUAGGGAAUUGACUUGAAAGUGUUAAAAAAAUAAGGACUUCCUGCAUAGGCCAAGCAAUAUUAGCAAGAAUUAUUGAAAUUGAUGAUAAGUCAUAAAUAACUACCAAUUCAGAAAUCAGUUUAAAAAGUGAAUACUUCUGAUACUUCAAAUAACUUAAAAAGUAAUAUAACAACAGACAGCAGAAGAACAAAUUCAAAUUAAUAUCAAAAUUCUAAUGCAUAAUCAACUAAAGGUUUUAUUAAUUUAGCUAAUCAGAUAAUUAUAAUAGUACAUUACGAAAAUUAAUAAAUAAAAUUUCCCAUUGAUCCUUCCAAGACCACAGGUUGGUUGGAUGAAUAUUUGAAAUAAGAAAUUAAGAAACAUUCAAUCCAUCAAUACUCCUCUACAGGUUCCCAACCAGAUCACGUUAAAAUAACUUGUGGCACUGGUAAUGAAUCAACAAACCCUGAGAUCGUCUCGUUCCACACAGUUGAUAAAAACCUGCCUGUCGAUUAUUACUUACAAUAGCCUAACAAACCUCUAGAGAUUUUUAGUGGUUAAACCCUAAACCUAUAGCCAUUUUUUGCCACUCCACAAACUGCAAAGGUCUCAUUGAAAGAUUUCAUAUUUGUAAAAUGCAUAGGUGUGGGAGGAUUCUCAAGAGUGUACAUGGUGAAGAAGAAAUCCAAUGGAAGAUUUUAUGCCAUGAAAUUGAUUGACAAAGAGUUUAUUUUAUAACAUAAAAAACAAGGGAUCGUUCAGAAUGAAAGAGACAUCAUGACAGUAUUGGAUCAUCCCUUCAUAAUUAAAUUGGAAUAUGCAUUUGAAUCUAAGAACUUUAUUAUUUUUGUGCUUGAAUUUUGCAGCGGUGGUGAAUUGUUCUGGCAAUUAAGACAAGUCAAGAGAAUGACUGAAUAUUAGGCCAGAUUCUACUUCACUGAAAUUUGUCUUGCUAUGUUCUAUCUACAUUCACUAUCGAUCGUUUACAGAGACAUUAAGCCUGAAAACAUAUUAAUUGACAUCGACGGACAUAUCAGAAUCGCAGAUUUUGGACUAUCUAAACCCAAUAUGACUGAAGAAGAUUAUGCCUAUAGUUUCUGUGGAUCUCCAGAAUACAUGGCUCCUGAAAUGCUGCUAAAAAUAGGUCACAAUGUUUAAGUAGACCAUUAUUGUCUAGGAGCGUUGUUGUAUGAAUUAGUCACUGGUCUACCACCUUACUAUUCGAGAGAUACUGAAGAAAUCUAUGAAUCUAUUCUUAAUGAAGAACUCACAUUCCCAGAGAAAUUAAAUUUGUCAAAUGAAAUUAAAGAUUUACUUAAAGGGUUGUUGAGCAAGUAACCAUCAGAAAGACUUUGCGCCAAUAAAGGUUUACUUGAAUUAUUCACUCAUCCUUGGUUCAAAGAUUGUGAUUUAGUGUCUAUUCUAUUAAAAAAAGUACAACCUCCCUUCAAACCGAAUCAACUAUAAUUUAAUUAUGAUUCUAAUGAUUUAAUGAAUGGAGAAUUAGAAACAAGAGAGAAACUUCUAGGCAAAACAGGAUUGCAAUAAGAAAUUAAAAUCUUUUAGGAUUUCUACUUUGAUUAAUCAGAACAAAAACAAAUGAAAAUUGAAUAAUCAAAAGUUCUAAAAUAACACUGUAUCAUGAUAACAUCCUUACAAAUGCAAUUACUUCAAAAAUUCAAGACUAUUAGGAAAAGUACAGAACCAAAAGAAUCAAGUAAUUCAAAGCCUCAAUCACCUUACACAGGCUCUCGUUAGAUCAAUCAAAAAUAAAAGAUCCAAUCUGAAUAAAUGUCAUCAUUAUAAAAAAGAAUCAAACAAUCUUCCUUAGGAAAUGUUCAACCAAUUCAACCAAAUUGCAUUGUAAGCCCACAAUAGUCAAAAAUAGAGAGUCUUAAACGGAUCAUUUCACAAAAUAAUUUCUUUAUGGAUCGCUAGAAUACAUUGCCAACCAAUAAUCAUUAGAAUGGUUAAAGUAAAGACAGCAUAGAUUCCUAACUAAUUUAUUAAAACAGUCAAAACAUGCAUAAACGUGUGUUCUCAUUAAAACAAAGAAAAAAAUGA